CUACCGACUCUUAAACUGACUUAUUUUCCAUUUAGGGCAAAGGGAGAGGCUUCUAGGCUUGCUCUUCAUAUUGGCGGAAUUUCUUUUGAAGAUGAUCGAGUCAGUCGUCAAGCUUUUGUUGCUAUAAAACCACUUCAACCCUUCAGUCAAAUCCCUGUGCUCACUAUCAAUAAAACUAUCCAGAUUGCUCAAUCUAUUGGAAUCGUCAAAUACACUGGAAUAUUGGCUGGACUUUAUCCUACAGAUUGUCUGCUAAAGGCUGCUUUGGUUGAUCAGGUUAUUUUGCAUAUGGAAGACAUGGGGAAUCUGCUGUAUGAUACAAUGAGCAGGCCAGAUACAGAAACUGUUAUGCAAGAACGCAGAGAUAUUGUGCAAGUCAAGUAUCCACUGAUGUUUGAAAAACUUGAACAGGUACUAGCCCAGCAUAGUGGUGGAAAGUGGGCUGUUGGCGACUCGAUUACAAUUGCUGAUCUGUCCAUC